UUCCACACAAAAGCGUUGCUAAAAAGCCACCCCGUGCGCUCGAAAACCCGCCCCUUCAAAGAACCACUCCCUUGAAAGUCAGUCGCUCUAUAACCAUUAUAGAGAGUACAUGUGUGCUCAUAUCGUGUAUGCGCCUAUAAUCGCUGUGCGCUAUCGGGUGUUGCGAAUUUGAAAUUGGAAUAAUCGAGUUCCAAUUUCAAAAACUUCACAAUUAUAGUGAUGUGUUUUGCAACAAUCAUGCGAUAACCUGUUGUUAUUGUUAAGAGAAAUAACUGUUAUUUUUAUUAUGAAUGUAUAAUGUACCCAACGGAAAAUUUAAAACAUGGACCUUUGAAGUUGAAUCCGUUUGUCGCGCAAAAAAACUUGGACCAUAACAUUAUGUUGAAGACUAUACAAAAUCUCUGUUACAACAAGUCAAACGCCAACCCGUUUAAUAUGACAUCGCCAUUUUUGGUCGAUAACAUUUUGCAUCAACAGAAAAACGUUAAUUUCCAUAAUCAAUAUCUGAACCAGCAAAUUGAGAAUUAUGUUUUACACAGGCAAAAUUAUGAAAGAUCGAGGGAAAAUUCGCCUGAAGUUGAAGACGGAAAGGCGGAUUUAGACGAUGAAAAUAAUAGAAACGACGAAUCAGAAGAAGCCAAAAUAGAAAAUGACGAAGACUCCAAAAGCAGAGAUGAAGAAGAAGGUUAUAAUAAUGUAAAAAAUGAACAAAAUUAUUAUAAUAACGAUUAUUAUAGAAACGAGGAGAGUAGAAACGCAGACAAAGAGGUAUUAAACAUACCGAGCUUAUCGCGUAGAUGUACAAGUUGUGGUACGUUCGAUUGUCCGCCGUUUCAUUGCAAAAAAUCUGGCAUUAGACGGUUAGAAGAGUUAGAGAAAAGGUUUAAUCUACAUAGUUACCAUGAAAACUCUGGUGAUGAAGGGGAAACAAAAGACGGGAAGCCGUUCAACACGGACGAUAUGGUUAGGAGCUGUGAGGAGUACAAUAACGAACAGAAGAAGCCCAUGUUGAAAUUCAGUGUCAGUGCUAUUUUAGGCGACCGGGAAGAAAGUGCGGCGAAAAAUAACAGUAUAGCCGAAUACCGUCAACCGAUGAUGAACAGUCCGUGGCCCAUCGCGAAGCCGAUAGCCAGCCGCCCGAUACCAGUACAGCAUCAGCACCUCCAGCAUCUACUGGCGCAUUGUCAUCAUCCAUACUUAGCUGUGAGACCGGCGCAAGCGCACACACAAGUGUUCCCACUACCCGGAGGCUUCCCGUGGGCGCAUAGUUCAAGAGGCAAACCUCGUCGAGGCAUGAUGCGAAGAGCUGUGUUCUCGGACUUACAACGCAAGGGUCUGGAAAAGAGGUUCCAAGUCCAGAAAUAUAUCUCUAAACCGGACAGGAAGAAGCUAGCGGAGAAAUUAGGCUUGAAGGAUAGUCAGGUCAAGAUAUGGUUUCAAAAUCGGCGCAUGAAAUGGCGGAAUUCAAAAGAGCGAGAGCUUCUUGCUUCAGGUGGUUCUAGAGAGCAAACCUUGCCAAACAAAAACAACCCGCAUCCAGACCUAUCCGACGCCGAAGCCGACAAACCUAAAUUAUCACCAUUAUCACCUAUAAACGAGGAACAAAGCGAAGAAUUAAAAAACAAAAUGUACGCGUCAACUUCUAAUGACAGUUACAGGUACGAUGACAAAAUGGCGACGCCUUUUGGCGGGAAUUAUUCAAAUAUGGACGAAGAAGAUUUCGAUAGCGAUGCCAGCGCGUCCGAUGAAGAGAUUAAUGUAACUUGACGUGCUUUUUAAUUGCUAAUAUUAUAUGUAAAGAAACUUGUACAGAAUUGUGUGUUUUAAGAUGUAAGAUGUACCUAUCUACUUAGUAUACUUAACUACAACAUCCGUGAUUUGAAUAAUCAAUCAAUGUAAAUUAAAAUAGCAAAUAGGUUUAUAAAUAAAAAAAUAAAAUAGUAAGCACGUCAAUGCUAUCUUAACGUAGGAUUGCGUACUAAAUCAAAUUAUUCAUACAUUAAUACGUAUUAUUCUUUUAAGAUGUUUAAUUCUCUCUAGAACUUUAUCUUUGUGAGACGUUUAUAUCCAGAUAAAUAUACCUAUGUAUUGUAACAAAACCGAAAUACAUUUAUUUUCUAUUGUAUUUAGCAUUCGUAUAUAGAAAUAUUCACAAUUUACAUUCCCAGCACCACACAUGAAACUGCUUCGGAUUAAAACAAAAAAAGAAUCAAAAUAAACAAUAAAAUAAAAAUCAAAGCAUUGAAUAAAUACUGCAAAUAUAAAACCUACGUACGUGUACAGACGUUGUAUUUAAAAAAAAAUUAAGAAAAUUUCAGCAUAAACCUUACUGGCUUCGCAGACAGGUCUAUCCUUAAUCUAUGCUGACUGGUUAUAAAUAAGUAUCUAAUUUCAUUAAAACCACUGUAUUUUUUAUUCCUUGUUCUUACAUUUUCAGCACUGUCUUUUACAUUUAUUUGAGAAUUAUCUAAGAUCUCUAAAUUACUGCAUAUCUUGAAUUUUGUAAUAUACCAACGAUAUUUAGAUAACAAAUCUUAUGUGAGCACCUAUCUGAGGUGUCCUUUUCAAAUAUGGAAUAGAAUCUCGAAAAAAAAAAGAACAAGUUUUUAAUCAAAAAGUUAAGUUGAAGAAAGGGAAGACUUUACCCACCCAUCUUUGGAUUCAAGUAAAAGCUAUUGAAAUUCGAACUCCAAUGAUAAUAUUUUAUAAAACUGAUAAACUUUCUUCCAAGAAGAGCAUGUUAGGUUGAAAUGAAAAAGAUUUGAAUCCAUCUUAUAAACCGAUUGCACGGUUUAGUAUAAACAUAAAUUGUUUGUACAGUUUCUUAAAUAUUAUCGUUGGAUUAGAUAUUAUUAAACGAUACUUUUCCCAUCACUACUUAUUAAAGUAAAUCUGUAUUCUAUUUUGUUCUUAAUUUAAAAUAAAGUAAUUAUUCUAGAGUACCUGUAUCUACAUUAUAAGUAUUUUUAUUGA